AUGACUGUGACUCUUGCCCAUCUCGCCAUAUACUCCUCAUGUUUCCUGGCGUUUUAUGUUUUGCGAUGGUUAUACAAAGAGCAUACUCGUCCUUUACGACGUCUCCCCGGACCACCGGAUCCUGGUUUCCUCUUUGGAAAUGUAAACGAACUCAAUGGUGAUGGAGAAACGGAUUUAUUCGAGAGAUGGACGAAGGAAUAUGGUCCGACUUUUCGUGUCAAAGGUUUUCUGGGGAAAACCAGGCUCUACACUGCGGACAGCAAAGCCGUCACCCACAUCUUGAUGAAUCACUAUGAUUACCACAAACCUGACCUUACCCGGUUUGCCUUGACUGAGCUCCUUGGAAAUGGUGUUCUAACAACCGAAGAGGACAAACACAAAUUUCAGCGCAAAGUGAUGAAUCCAGCGUUUGGUCACGCUCAAAUUCGUGAGCUUACGACUAUAUUCGUUGAGAAGGCUAUGGAGCUUCGAGACGUAUGGCAAUCUCAGAUUGACCGCUCUACAGACCAAACUGGAGUCGCCCGUAUCAACUCUAUGUUAUGGUUAAGCAGAGCGACCUUGGAUGUCAUCGGUUUGGCGGGUUUCAAUUACGAUCUUAGGUCACUCUCAGCGACCGAAGAACAUGCUGACGAGCUUAGUGAGGCCUUCAAGAUCAUCUUCAGCGGGAAAGUGUCAAACUUGGGCAUCUGGUCCAUUCUUCGGUUAAUGUUUCCUAUCCUGCGGCCGCUGCCCACCAUGCGAGGGAAACUGGUCACGAAAGCCCGUACUACCAUGGAGCGUGUCGGUACAAAACUCAUCACUGAAAGCAAGCAAGCAGCACUUGCUUCGCAAGAGGGAGGGGCGACGGGUGCCCGUGAUCUGUUAUCACUUCUAAUCAAAUCAAACCUCAAUGAAGAGGAGUCGGAACGAAUGGAGGAUGUAGAUGUCCUGGCCCAAAUUCCGACGUUCUUAGUGGCCGGACACGAAACAACGAGUACAGCGACCGCCUGGGCACUCUAUGCACUCACUCAACAUCCCGAUAUGCAGUGCAGGCUACGUGACGAACUUUUGACAUUGCCCAAUGACACGCCUACCAUGGAUGAACUGAACUCUUUGCCGUAUCUGGAAGCAUUUGUCAGAGAGACGCUUAGAGUGCAUGCGCCUGUACCAGGGAUCAAGAGAGAUGCAGCCCGAGACGGUGUGAUCCCUUUGAGUGUGCCGGUAAACGGGCAAAACUACGUUCGGGUGGAGAAAGGACAGGGGAUUACCAUAAGUUUAUCAGCUUUAAACAGGAGUAAACAGUUUUGGGGCGAAGAUGCUGCUGAGUUCAAGCCCGAUCGCUGGUUGAAUGGUUCUCUCGACACAUCCCUCCCAGGUAUCUGGGGCAAUAUGAUGACUUUCGGAGGUGGUGGAAGGGCGUGUAUCGGGUUUCGAUUCUCUCUUGUCGAAAUCAAAGUUCUCCUUUUCACCCUGCUCAGGGCGUUCGAAUUCGAACUGGCGGUACCAAAGGAGGAUUUGAUUAAAAGCGGUCGGAUUGUCGAGCGACCGUUUGUCAAGUCUGACAAGAACACAGAAAGCCAGUUACCACUUUUGGUGAAAAACUACAGCCCCGGGCAAGAGAGAUCGUAA